UGGUCUGGGAGUGUGAGGGGAGGAGGGGGGCUGGACGGACCCGGAGAGGAGUGACUUUCUUUCAGAAAGAGUUCAUCCCAGGAGCGGCAGGAGCCCGGAGGACGGCGGCGGGUCCGAAGGCUGAGGAACAUGCCUCUGUUACGGAAAUAAACAGACAGACCCGACGGGAGGGGAGGGGGGGACUGUGUUAUUUUAAUCCGAGGAGGAGAUAAACCUGGAGUUUCAGCUGAAGCCGGAGCCACACGUUUCUGUGUUGAUGUCGAUAUUUUGGACACGAAUACCUGCCGAGAACAGUCCCGACGCCCUUUAUUGAAGCUCCUCUGUGCUGUGUGACCCCCCCAGAUACUGAGAGGAUGGUGAUGGAGGAAGGGGACCAGAGAGACCGAGGGAGGGCGACCCCAUUGGACGGGAGGCAGAUCUUCGUGGAACUCGCGGAGCAAAACUUUGAUGCCAUUUGUCUGUCUACGUAUCGAACAGCCUGCAAGCUCAGAUUUAUACAGAAGAGAUGCAACCUGCAUCUGAUCGACAUAUACAACGUGAUCGAGGCGGUGCGAGACGCUGGCCUGAACGCCGUCGAGCUGAACGCCAGCAUCUCAGUGACCAGGCUGGAAAACCUGGUGUCGUCCUUAUUCAACCAGCUCAGCAAACGCCUGCCCACCACACACACCAUCGCCCCGCAGGAGAGCACCGUCCUGCUGGUGGAGUUCAUUUUGGCCGCUAUCGACAGUGAACCUGAUGGACGACUGACGGUUCUCUCCGUGAAGGCGAUUCUGGCGACACUCUGUGGAGGGAAGCUCGUGGAUAAACUUCGCUAUGUGUUUUCUCAGGUAUCAGACUCCACCGGCGGGUUGGUACAGUCCAAGUUUGACAGCUUUCUGAGGGAGGCUCUCAAGCUGCCCACUGCUCUGCAUGAAGGUCCAUCAUUUGGCUAUACACCCACCUUAGCACGCUCCUGCUUCCCACAGCAGAAGAGAGUCAUGCUCAACAUGUUCCUGGACAUGGUGUCUGAUCCUCCCCAGUGUCUGGUGUGGCUGCCUCUGAUGCACCGCCUGGCUAACGUGGAGCACGUCUAUCACCCGGUGUCGUGCUCCUACUGUCGUGGCAACGGGAUGACGGGCUUCCGCUACCGCUGCCUCCGUUGCCGUGGCUACCAGCUCUGCCAGAACUGCUUCUGGCGCGGCAAUGCCAGCGGCUCUCAUAGCAACCAGCAUCAGAUGAAGGAGCACUCGUCCUGGAAGUCCCCGGCGUCAAAGCUGGGCCGAGCCCUCAGCAGGACUCUGGGCUGCGUGUCGUCCAGGGAGCCCCCCCACCCCAUUUACCCGGAGGAGCCCGAGAGGACCCUCAACCUGGCCAACAUCGUCCCUGCAAGACCUAUUGGGAAUCCCAGUGAAGCCAUGUUGAUGUCUGCGCCACCGCCCGAGUCCUCCAAAAGUGUGGCGGCGGCUCAGCGGAUGAACGAGGAGCACGCUCUGAUCGCCGCGUAUGUGAAUCGGCUCCAGAGCAGCCCACGCGUGGACAGUCCCAGCAGGCAAGACGAAGAGCACAAGCUGAUCGCUCGCUACACAUCACGACUGGCUGAGACCGACGGCUCUGGAGUGAUUCCCACCCGCAGCAUCAACUUUGAUGUCAACAAACAGAAGAGGGAGCUCAUCGCUCAGCUGGAGUGCAAAAACAGAGAGAUCCUGGCAGAGAUCAAACGUCUCCGUGCGGAGCACGACGCGGCGUGCCAGCUCAGCCCGGAGAAAGGCAGCAGCACCAACCCCACUCUGCUGGCCGAGCUCCGCCUGCUCAGACAGAGGAAAGAUGAACUGGAGCAGAGGAUGUCGUCUCUGCAGGAAAGCAGGAGGGAGCUGAUGGUGCAGCUGGAAGGACUGAUGAAGCUGCUCAAGGAUGAGGAACAGCGGCAGGCAGCGCAGGCAGCCGGCUCCUCUCACGCCUCUCCGUCUCGGCCGAGCCCGUCCACCGUCCGAUCCGUCGGCGCCGCUUCUCCUCACGCCCACAUGUACCAUCCCCAAGACUCCCUCGCCGGGGUCGGUGGAGACGUGCAAGAGGCCUUUGCUCAAGGCCCAAGGAGGAACCUGAGGAACGACCUCCUGGUGGCAGCUGACUCCAUCACCAACACUGUGUCCUCGCUGGUCAAAGAGCUUCACUCUGAUGACGGCCGAGAGGAGGAAGAGAGACUCCUGAAUGGAAAAGACAGAGCAGGUUAAACUGGUGGCAGGAUGAACAAAUACAGCAGAGUGAAGUUUCAUGGAGGCCAAAGAAGAUCGACCCUGCUGAGACUAAAGUUGUAUCUUCUCAUAUUCAUUGUUUAGCCAACGGGGAGUUUAGCUCUUCCGCCAAUCAACCAAUCACGAUGCUGGACACCAAAUGACCGCCGGGUCCCUACUGAUGUAUAGCUGUGAUUCUCUCUGUGUGUCUUGUCACUGUGGUUUUGCUUUUUGUUGAGAUUUGAUCGUGCAUAGCUAAACAAGGAAUUUGAAACCUACUGAUUUGUACUGUAGCAUGAGUGUGUGUGUGUGUGCGCGCUCGUGUGUAUGUGCGCAUGUUUCCAAGGUGCAAGAGGGUCGAGAAAGUGAGAGAGCAGAUAAAGAAAGACAGAAAGAAAGAAAGAUGUGUUUUGUGAAGGAUAAAAGAGCGGGAGAGUUUCAGGAUCCAGAGGGAGAUAAAGAAUGUAACUGUGGAAGGAAGUCGAGCAAAAAACAAACAAAAGAAAGUCAGAAAGACAAGCUGUAAAGUUUUAAGUUUCGGCACUGUGUGCUUUGUAUUUAUUGCUUUGAUUUGAUUUUAGGCAUUUACUCAUUCUGUCUCAGUGUUUGUGUGUAUGUGUGUGUGUGUGUGUGGGGUCAGGCCCUGCUGAGACAAUAAGCUUUAAUGGGACAUUUACUGCUGCGGCGCCCAGAGGCAGCGCAGAGCAGAGCCUGUAGGUCCCGGUGCUGGACGUAAAGAUGGACGGCGUGUCGUCACAUCCUCCCGCCGCGCCCCAGCGAAGCGAAGCUUUCGUGGAGCGGAGAGCUGCCUUUUUUUUUUUUUUUUUUUUUUUUGCUGUACUGUUAUUUUCACAGCAUUAUUGUUUCUCCAUGAUUCCCCCACGAUUUGUUUCAAUUGCAAAUAAGAUCUUGAGGCUUCACUUUUUGUAUCUUUCGUCCAUCUUCACGUUACAGUCUGCGUCUAAAACCUGGGCGAGGUUAGUGCUGUGGGCGCCGGUAAGAUGGCAGCUCAGGAUGUCCAGACCUCGAUGUGUCCCGGUACUGCAGUGGGACGACCGUCAGAGAGGAGGUAUCUGAUUACUCUGUGUGUGUGUGUGUGUGUGUGUGUGUGUGUGUGUGUGUGUGUGUGUGUGUGUGUGUGUGUGUAAGAGAGCGAGUGAGAGGAUAUAAAACCACUGGCCUCAGUUGGGCCGGUUAAGCAAAGAGCGGCGAAGCUGGAAAUAUUUAAGGUAUUUAAGGUCAAUUCAGUCGGCGUUACCGUCUACGUUCCCGUAUGCAUUUUGUUCCUCAUCUGUGGGGAAAAGAGUCCCGAUUCGACCUGAAGGCGGGUCCGUGGCUGUGUUCACAUGUGGGUGGAUUCCUGGUUCAAACAGAAAAAGGAGGAGGGAUCAUGUAUCUCUAUAUUUCACAACAUGGUGUGAUUAAAAUUCAGUCAGGACUGAGAAUUUGUGCGUUUCAUGCAGUAUGAAGUCACGUCAACAGUACUGUUCCCACCUGGAUUAGCUGCUGACUUCCUUUGGGAGUAAAUACCACAAUCACACCGUCGUCUGAGAACUCAGCAAAUGUAAACAAGCUCCUCUGUCCUUCAUCCGAAGGAAGGCCCACAAUCACUUCACGUUAAUUAUCCCGACUUCCUGCACUUAUGGGAUCGCUCCGGCGGCUUUGCCCAAAAUCACAUCCUCGCUUCUUUUAGCCAAAUAAAGUGACGAUCUUCUUUGUGAACGCAACCUUAGGACGCCACGAAGGAAUGCAACGUCAGCCUUCUCUUGAAAAAUCGUGGCUACUGGAGCUGUUACAAUAGACCGCAAGUCAGGAUCAGCGUUGCGCGUCGUCGCGCCUUGCUUUAUUUCUCCAGGUUUUAACGUGUUGGGAGAACCUCUGAAGACUUUUACACCUAUGCGGAUAAGCUUGAUGGUUUUCUGGUGCUUUAAUCAUCAGUGUAUGAAGAAACAAACUGUCCCAGUUGAUUUGGGGACGCUCACAGUGUAACUGGAGACUUUUCUUUUUUUAAUCAAAGACUGACUUUAGUGUGUGUUUCUCGCAGUUCGGUUGAAGUAAUCAUUGAAGAAACACUGUAAUAGCGUCUGCUUGAUUCCAUACAGGUGUGACACCAGCUUUCAAUGUCAGCGUUUCUGCUAAGUCAGGGUUUUUUUUUACGUUAAAAGAGUUCAACCAAACUUUGAAUCAGAGCAAACCAACCCCGUGUUCCUUGUUGAGAGCCGUAGCCUCUCUCGUAGCUAACCUAAGCUUUAAUAAAUUGAUUUUAACGUUUUCUGUGCAAAUGUUAAAGCGACUUUUACGAUCUAAACGCCACCUGGCCAGGACAGCGCCUCACACUUUGGCUGCUCUGCUACAUUUCAAGCUUCUUGUGAAAUUCAGGGGAUUGUGGGAGUCGAUGUACAGUAUGACCCAAAGUCUUUUUUUCCCUUACUUUCCACAGCCAUGUUUUAAGGUCAGGUUUUUAUCAGAAAUGUGUUUUUUCUCUUUUUUUUUCCCACAUGCAAUCUCUUCUCACAAGAAGCUUGUUGUUGUACAGUUACGUGACUUUUUGUUUUUUCCCCUCGGGACUAUUUGAUUGACUGAUCACGUCCUGGAUGAUUAUAUUUCUGGUCUGCUGAGCAACUGACUGACUGUGUGAGUGACGCGAUGAAUGAUCGGGCUCGUGUUUCGGCGUGCGUGUCUUUAAGUGGCUCUCGACAAAAAAGCUGUAAUCACCUUCGGCUCUGAACCUGCCAGUGCUGACAGUGUGAGAGGAACGUGUGGAUCUGUGAUUUAUCUGCAAUAAAUAAUAUUUAACAUCA